CGCCUCGCGAGCCGUUGGGCCUGGCUCGGAGAAGGCGUUGCCGCUGCUGCCGCCGUUGCUGCCGCCAGGAAACACAAGGAGCGGGACCAAGCGCAGCGUGGCGAUGGGCGGGAGUAGAGCCCCGCCGGAGAGGCUGGGCGGCCGCCGGUGACAGGCUGCUCUGUCCACUGCGCCUCCUGCAUGUCCUGCUGCCCAGAGCUGUCCCAGGCUAGGUGACAGCGUGUCACGCUGCCACCAUGAACGAGGUGUCUGUCAUCAAAGAAGGCUGGCUCCACAAGCGCGGUGAAUACAUCAAGACCUGGAGACCCCGGUACUUCCUGCUCAAGAGUGACGGCUCCUUCAUUGGAUAUAAGGAGCGGCCUGAGGCCCCUGACCAGACCCUGCCCCCUCUAAACAACUUCUCUGUCGCAGAAUGCCAGCUGAUGAAGACCGAGAGACCACGGCCCAACACCUUUGUCAUACGCUGCCUGCAGUGGACCACAGUCAUCGAGAGGACCUUUCACGUAGACUCUCCAGAUGAGAGGGAGGAGUGGAUGCGGGCCAUCCAGAUGGUCGCCAACAGCCUCAAGCAGCGGGGCCCUGGGGAGGACCCUAUGGACUACAAGUGUGGCUCCCCCAUCGACUCUUCAGCGGCUGAGGAGAUGGAGGUAGCAGUUAGCAAGGCACGGGCCAAGGUGACCAUGAAUGACUUCGACUAUCUCAAACUCCUGGGCAAGGGCACCUUUGGCAAAGUCAUCCUGGUGCGGGAGAAGGCCACUGGCCGCUACUAUGCCAUGAAGAUCCUGCGGAAGGAGGUGAUCAUCGCCAAGGAUGAAGUCGCCCACACGGUCACCGAGAGCCGGGUCCUCCAGAACACCAGGCACCCAUUCCUCACUGCGCUGAAGUAUGCCUUCCAGACCCACGACCGCCUGUGCUUCGUGAUGGAGUACGCCAAUGGUGGGGAGCUGUUCUUCCACUUGUCCCGGGAGCGCGUCUUCACGGAGGAGCGGGCCCGCUUCUACGGCGCCGAGAUCGUCUCAGCCCUGGAGUACCUGCACUCGCGGGACGUGGUGUACCGCGACAUCAAGCUGGAAAACCUCAUGCUGGACAAAGACGGCCACAUCAAGAUCACUGACUUUGGCCUGUGCAAAGAGGGCAUCAGUGACGGGGCCACCAUGAAAACCUUCUGCGGGACCCCUGAAUACCUGGCACCCGAGGUGCUGGAGGACAAUGACUACGGCCGGGCCGUGGACUGGUGGGGGCUGGGUGUGGUCAUGUACGAGAUGAUGUGCGGCCGCCUGCCUUUCUACAACCAGGACCACGAGCGCCUCUUCGAGCUCAUCCUCAUGGAGGAGAUCCGCUUCCCGCGCACACUCAGCCCUGAGGCCAAGUCCCUGCUCUCGGGGCUGCUUAAGAAGGACCCCAAGCAGAGGCUCGGCGGGGGGCCCAGCGAUGCCAAGGAGGUCAUGGAGCACAGGUUCUUCCUCAGUAUCAACUGGCAGGACGUGGUACAGAAGAAGCUUCUGCCGCCCUUCAAACCUCAGGUCACAUCCGAGGUCGACACACGGUACUUUGACGACGAGUUCACUGCCCAGUCCAUCACAAUCACCCCCCCGGACCGCUAUGACAGCCUGGGCUCGCUCGACCUGGACCAGCGGACGCACUUCCCCCAGUUCUCCUACUCGGCCAGCAUCCGCGAGUGAGCGUGCCGCCGCCACGGGACGCACGCACGGCCGCCACCACCGCCGGGGGCUUGUUUCUUUUUUUUCAACUUUUUAUUUUGCCUUUUUUGUUUGCAUCCCUAUCCCUCACCUCCUUACCCCCAUUUCCAGUUUUUUCUCCAGCCCUCUGCCAAACUCACCUCAGCGGUCCCUGCGGCCCUGCCUCCAGGACCCUGUCCUGCCCCCACCUCUGUGCCCAGACCAGGAGUUGGGAGCCUCCCGCCGCCUGCCCAGGACCGGGCCUCAGGGCGGUGAGAGAGCUUCCGGUAUUUAAUCAACACAACCCCCGUGAGGGGCGAAGCGUGGAGCCGUGGGGCCUGCAUUCUGGCUGGGGUGCUGCUGCGUCUGUCAGAGGCCGCCUUUUCUGGGCCGCCCGGUAGACAGCGCGGGGGUGCUGCCUUCCAUGCCCUGUCCUUAGGCUCCCAGUGGUCUGGCGAGGGGCAGUCCAGCCCCUCCCCCAUGGGGGCAGAAAAGCAAUAAUGUCCAGGGACAGGCGGGGGCCUUUGGAAGCUGUGGGAUCUGGGCUUUGGGGCCUCCUCACGUGGAUGGGGCCCGAUCGACCCUGUGGGGACCCAGCAGGGGCCCAGGGGAUGGGCGCUGCCUCCUGGCCCUGCCUCCCCCCCGCCCCCCCCACGCUGCUCUCCUGACCUGUGGAUGAGGUAGGAGGAACUUUUGGGGGCUAGCCUCCCCGCCCCCGAGCCCCGUGCCUUACUAGGUCUUCCUUCCAGCUGGCCUUACCUCCCGCUGGAUCCCGGGCCUGGCCCUGGUCCCUUCCGAGGAUGGGGCCGGGAUCGCCCCCUUCUCUCUGCCUGGGGCAGAGGGGUGCCAGCCUCGGCUGUUACACAUCUCACACCGAGACAGUAUUGGGCCCCGUGGACUUGGGUUGAGGAGGGGGUGGGGGUCUCUGGUACGUACUGGGGUGGGGGCCUCCGAGAAGGGGGGCUCCAGGCCACCUCACCCCUCCCCCUCUCCGGGCCCUGCGUUCUGCAGCCUUAAGGUGAACGUGUGUCAGUGCUGUGGGCACUCGUGUGUGAGUGCCCCAGACUGCGUGUGUCCGCAGGCGUCCCUGUGCAUCUGGGACGCAGGUGCACGUGGGUGUGUGUGUGCAUGCGUGUUGGGUAUGUGUGUGCGAGGGCAAGCGUGUCCCGGCCUCGAGUGUGCGUGGUGUGUGUGGGCUCAGGCCCCUGUCCCAGGCCUGAGCAUUUCAUCCCGUGGGGGAGGGGUGCUGGCCUAGGGGGGGAGCCACGCCUGGGGUCCACUUGCUGCCCUGUCCCCCUCCCCCGCAACAUCUCCGGGUGUUUGGAAUUUAGUUUUUCUGGUUUUGAUCUCCCCACCCCACCUCCUGUACUAGGUAGUUCACAGAGAGACAUCCUGGGGUGGGGGUGGGGUUGGUUUCGGUGGGUGGGGGGGUCUUUUUUCCUUUUUGUGUGUGUCUGUCGUUGAUCUGACAAUUCUCUCUCCUCCCCACUGGCCUUCCCCUACUCCUCGUACUUGUACGGUACAAGCAAUAAAGACACUCGUUUCAGACCGGG